GACUAGUGACUAUUAUUGUCUACUCGUGGUGAAGUCGUGAGCGUGACUCGGGACGAGUGGAGACCGGAGAGACGACGUUCUUAAACGCCGUAUCUCGUUUCGGAGUUUUAUACAUAAUACCUAUUUUUUUCCGUUCACCAGCGGUCCCUCGAACGACGAACAGUAGCCACGACCCACCAACAUUAGUUACCAAUCACAAUUCACAGUGACGUGCGGUCCGAUCGUACGAUUUCAUUACCAAGACUCGAGAGUGGUCUCAGAACCCUGCUUUCGAACUUCGUGGACAGCUCAACGAGCGGCUGUCGAUACGGUCCCAAUUGGCUACAUUAGUUGWUAAAGUAUUUUUUCGCAAUUCAUUUGUCAUGGCCAGGGGACAACAGAAAGCGCAGUCGCAGGCCAAGGCCGCUGAAAAACAAGCUAAGAUGAAAAAGCAACAGGGUCAUAGCGCCAAUGAGCAGAAGAAAGCUGCGCAGAAAGCGUUGAUUCACGUUUGCACUGUUUGUAAAGCACAGAUGCCAGAUCCUAAAACUUAUAAACAACACUUUGAAAACAAACACCCUAAAAAUGAUAUGCCUGAAGAACUGAAAGCUGUUUCAUGAAUCUAUGGUGAUCAAUUAAAUUGUAUUUAAUCACRUGUAAAAACAAAUACCUAAACUAAGUAAUAUUAAAGUUUUUUAAUGAUUG